UCAAUGAUUUGGCUCUAUCAAGCAGAUUCUAACCUCAAUUCUUGCCUCCAUGAAGUCAAAGUUCAGGAGGUUGAGUGACAGGUGGCCCGACCAGUACCUACGCACAUAUUGCAGUCGCUGCUACUGUUGGAUACUGUUGUUGUUGUUGGAUGACGUUUACCACAUGAGCCCAAGUUCAAAGACUACGUCCCUCGUCCUACUGUUGCUUGGACUGGUGUACGUCACACACGGAGGACCUGCACUACCCGACAGACCUUUUAACAUCGUGUGGAACGUCCCCUCUAGAAAGUGUGCGGAGAAGUUCGGUGUUGAGUUCGACUUGGACGAGUAUGACAUCGUGUCCAACCCUGGGCAGGAGUGGAAUGGAACAUACGUCACCAUUUUCUACGAGAAGAACCUCGGGCUGUAUCCGAAAAUACACGAGCCGACGGGUCAGGACAUCAAUGGCGGGAUACCACAGGAAGCCGACAUCGAAGCCCAUAUUGCCAAAGCUACGGACGACAUUUACCGACUGAUUCCCGACGCCGACUAUCAAGGUUUGGGAGUGAUCGACUUUAAACCAUGGCGGCCGCUGUGGAACCGAAACUGGGAUUCAAAAAAGAAUAUCUACCGAGUUAAGUCAGAAGACCUCGUCAGACAAACAUCACCGUAUGCGUCGAAAGCGGAAGUGACGUCAAAGGCGAAAGAAGAGUUUGAAGGAGCAGCGAGGAUGUGGAUGGGGAAAACUUUGAGUCUGGUGAAGACGUUACGCCCGGGAGGCUUCUGGGGGUUUUACCUGUUUCCAGAUUGUUAUAAUUCCCCAGAAGAAAUUAAACUCCGGCAGGGCACAAGCUAUGACUGCACAAAGGAGGUGAAAUCUGACAAUAACCGGCUACAAUGGCUGUGGGAGGGGAGCACGGGUUUGUACCCUAACAUAUACCUCACAAGCGUCUUCAAAACACUGCCCAGUUCGGAACAGUUUGUUCGUGCCCGAGUGGCCGAGACGUUCCGAGUCAUGGACGGUCGGCAAAGUUCAUCUAUCCCCGUCUACCCUUACGUGCGUCUUCGCUAUCGGGAUUCAAUGGAAUGCCUUGCGAAGGCUGACCUGAUCUCCUCCAUACAAGAAGCGGCAGGGCAGGGCUCGGCUGGCGUGGUCAUCUGGGGGGCGUCUGCGGACGUCAACUCCAAGGAGAAUUGUGUAUCCCUACGGGAUUACGUAACCUCAACAUUUGGGCCAUUCGCAAAGGAGAUGACGUCACAGGCGGCUGACUGCAGCAGGAGAGAGUGCAGCAGUCAUGGCAGGUGCGUGACUUAUUACGAAAAGGCGUCAAAUGACGAACCAGUGAAGACAGACAGAUCGGGCCUAGUUCAGGAAGGAGUACAGAAGGCGGUGCAGAUGACAUCAGAGCCACCAGGAAGCGCUGCACAACAAGAACAGCAAUCACACGAACAGGUCAUAUCAAGAGAAUAUGCGUCUUGGUUUGGUGAGAAGCUGCAGUAUCUACCAGGCCGGCAGGGGACGUUAUGCCGCUGUUAUCCGGGUUGGACAGGAGAAAGGUGUAGCGAACAAACAAACUGAAGACACAGUAACAACCUACAGCAAUUUCUGUUACAUAUUUGUAGUCUCUAGAUGUCCGACAGUACCUGAGCUUGCCAGAGGAAUUUGGCACAUAGGAGUUGAUUUGCGCGAGAGAAACUAACGGCGGACAAACUUAUCUGACCAUUGAUUUUUGUCGAAUUCUACUAUCCAAACCCCCUUAUAAGUAA